UGUAAUUCACCUGGAUUUACAUGUAUGUAGGACUAACAUCGAACAUACCUACUCGUUUGAUUGUUGGGACGCUCACCACAAUGGGAUCUUGCCAGAGUAACGAACUAGUGACAGACGUCUCGCAGGUUGAGUAUAUCAUCAGUGUGACAACUGGAGAUAAGAAGGGAGCGGGUACUAAUGCCAAUGUAACUGUUGUUCUACAUAACGAUGGAGGCCAGUCAACAGGACAUCUUCAUUUAGACAAGUUCCUCAGAGAUGACUUCGAAAGAGGAAAAAAGGAUCACUUCAAAGUUCAGGCCCCUUUCAUGAGUGUAAUUGAUAUGAUAGAAGUAUGGCGAGAUGACGCUGGGCUUAGAGAUGAGUGGUUUCUUGAAACUGUGGUAGUGCACUGCAAGAACUCAAACAAAAUCUUCGUUUUCCCGUUUUUACGCUGGAUAAAGGAAGGCUAUCAUUACAAAAUUCGCCAUCUUGAUACGUCACUUCCGCAGGAUGACCCUUACAAGGAACAGCGACUUAUGGAACUUAACGAUAAAAAGACAACUUAUCAGACAAAUAUCCCUAAUCCGGGGCUUCCAAUACAGGUGAAAGAAAUACCGGACGACGAACGGUUUUCAUCGGACUACCAGUUCGAUUUAGUAAAACUUGCCGCAGAGAUAACAAUAAAAGGCAAACUAGUAAGGCUAGUGAGUGGUGAAUGGGACAGCCUCGAUGACCUUGGAAACAUUUAUAAGUCCGAAGUGUUUCUCAAACCUACGCCCCUUGCCGAUAAUACGUGGGAUACAGACGAACAUUUUGGAUUUCAGCGUAUCGGACGUAUCAACAACUCCCUGAUUACACUCUGUACAGAGAUCCCGAAAAAGCUUGCUGUGACUGAGGAAAUGUUAAAACCUUUCCUAGAGGGCUUAAAGCUACAAGAUGCUUUAAUGGAAAAGAAGCUGUUUUAUGUCGAUCUUGUCAUCGUGGAAGGAAUACCCGUGAAAAGUGGAUUAAUGGUUUGUGCCCCGGUCGCAUUAUUCUACCACAACAAAAAGAACAGACUGGUUCCCAUAGCGAUACAACUGAAGCAGCAACCGGCUGACGACAAUCCGGUGUUCCUUCCAUCAGAUCCUAAGUAUACCUGGCUGGCCGCUAAAAUGUGGUUUAACCUUGCUGAUGCUUCCUAUCACGAGUCAAUUACACACUUGGGAUUCACCCACCUGUUGAUGGAAGGAUGUGCUAUCGCCACCCACAGAAACCUGUCGCAUACCCAUCCAAUUUUCAAAUUAUUGGCGCCACACUUCCUGUAUCUCAUAGCCAUCAAUGGAUUAGCACUCACAACACUGAUAAGUUCGGACGGCUGGGUUCAAAAUGUGAUGGCGAUCGGGAUUGAUGGCAUGUUUGAACUAAUCAGAAGGAAACUGAAUACGUGGCGGAUGGAUGUAGACGGGACACUGCCAAAGGAACUGGAGAGCAGAGGGGUGCUGGACCAGACAAUACUAAGCGGAUAUCACUACAGGGAUGACGCUUUAUCACUGUAUAACAUCGUCAACAACUACGUCACUGAAUACGUGGGACUUUACUACGACAGCGCCGAAUCAUACACCAACGACCUCGAGAUCCAGGCUUGGGCUCAAGAGUUUGUCAAACCAAGGACUGAGGGUGGGUGCGGCCUUUUGGGUGUCCCAGGAGGAGGGAGUAUAACCAACUCGUCUGAUCUUGUGUGUAUAUUGAAUUUCAUCAUCUUUACGGGCAGUGUUACACAUGCAGCUGCUAACUUUGCCCAAUAUGAUGAGUACGGCUUCCCCCCAAACUACCCCGUAGUUAUAAAGGGGACACCGCCCACAAACAAGGCAGUAUUGACGGAAUCCUGUAUCUUGGAAGCUCUUCCCGACAAGGCUUUGACCUUCGAAAUCAUAAUCAUCACUAAACUUCUCAGCGCUUUUGGUACCAACAAGUUAGGAGAUUUCGAAAUGAAAUACAUCUAUGAUCCAAAAGCUGAAAAUGUAUUGAAACGAUUUCAGAAAGAGCUCGCCGAACAGAGUAGAAGAGUGAAAACGUUGGAGAAAACACGUGAAUUUUCCUACAAAUGGCUAGAUCCAGAGAUUGUCCCAAACGCUAUCAGCAUAUAAAUAAACUUCAACGUAACACAACAUUGUCAUAUGUACAAUGAUUAGAUAUGCUAGAGACAUUAUAUACAGUAUACAAGAAUGUUGUGAUACAUUACGAUUUAUAGCUGAACAAGUCCUCUCCCUCUUGAAUAAACUUAAACUCAAACUGUCAUUCAGUUGACAUACCAGUAUAAACAGUAUAUAUUUAGUUGCGCUUUAUUUUACGUACCAGAAUACACUUGGAAACAUUUAGACACGACAAAAAUUGAAAUGUUAUUUUCUUGGGUUGGAACGUCCUCUUCUCAGCCAGUAUUGCAUGAGAUCCGGUGUCAGGAGAGACGCCAAUAGAAAAAAAAGAGACUUUACAAAAAUAUAGAAAGGAAGAGAAGACCAGAAAAGUGGAGGGGACAUUCAGUGGUAGUUUUCAUUAGUAAUAUUGUAUUUGUUGUUUUGAUAAAUAUCGACGUGGCUAUAUGUAUAAAGUCACAUUAUCUUUAUUUGUAUUCUAAUUGACCUUUCAUUCUAGUGUAUGCCUGUGUUAUCUGAUCGUGUGUGGUAUAUUUAGUACGUUAAGCAAUUGAUAUACUUCAGAAUGCAAAUAGGAAAUACGGGACUAUCGUUAAAUGGAUGCUUUAGUUAGUACAGUUUAUUUUCCACCUCCCUUAUAUACAAUGUAAUGGUAUAACAGUAAACUGAUAAUUUUGCAUAUAAUGACUGAUGAUAUUACGCGGUGGCGAUUAAGAUGUUACAAUGUUCAUAUUGUGAUUCUUUAUUGUAACCAAUCACGGUGACUACCUUAGAAAUACAUACAUGUAUUUAUAAAUGUAUCAUUAAGAAAGAAAUGAAUAGUUAAUGAAAUCAUUUUACUAACAGAUAUAUACAUGGACAAGCAUUAAAACUGAUUCCACAUGAAUGUUUACGUUUGUAAGGUUAUUUGAUAUGCAAAAAGCAUUCCAUUAACCCGACAGUCCAUGACGUCUUUCCUUUUAAUGGUGUCACUCAACCCGGUUUAAAAGCUCCAGAUAUGAAUCUCCUCGAUCCUUCCUCUUCUCGUGUGGACGCUAAGCUUUAAAGCCACCUCGAUCUGUCAUCUUUUCAUGUCAAUGCUUAGCUUUAAAACCACCUCUAUCCGUCCUCUUCUCGUGUAGGCGCUAAGCUUCAAAACCAACUCGAACCAUCCUCCUAUUUCGAAGCUAAGCUUCAAAACCAUUUCGAUCCGUCCUCUUCUCGUGUCGACGCUAGGCGUAAAAACGAUCUCGACCUGUUCUCUUCUCGUGUCGACGCUAAGCUUCAAAAUCACCUCGACCUCUUUUCUUUUCAUGUCAACGUUAAGCUUCACAACCACGUCAAUCCGUCCUCUUCCAUGUAGAGGCUAAGCUUCAAAACCAACUCGAUCCGUCCUCUACUCGUGUCGAAGCUAAGCUUCAAAACCACCUCGAUCCAUCAUCUUCUCGUGCCGAAGCUAAACAUCAAAACCACCUCGAUCCAUCCUGUUCUCGUGUCGACGCUAGGUUUCAAAACCACCUUAUCCAUCCUCUUAUGUCGACGCUAAGCUUAAAAAAAACACCUCGAUCAUUCCUCUUCCCGUGUCGACGCUAAGCCUCAAAACCACCUCGAUCCAUCCUCAUCUCGUGUCGACGCUAAGCUUCAAAACCACAUCGAUCCUUCCUAUUCUCGUGUCGACGCUAAGCUUCAAAACCACCUCGAUUCGUCCUCCUCGUGUCGACGCUAGGACUUUUCAUGUCAACGCUAAGCUUCAAAACCACCUCGAUCCGUCCUUUUAUCAUGUCGACGUUAAGCUUCAAAACCACCUCGAUCCCUCCUAUUUUCGUGUCGAAGCUAAGCUUCAAAACCACCUCGAUCCGUCCUUUUAUCAUGUCGACGCUAGGCUUCAAAACCACCUCAAAAUCUCACAGGGUACGAUAACAAAUGGACUGGAACUUAGGUGAUCCAACUAUCACUUUUAUAGCAAAUCGCAACAUUUAUAAGUAUGUAUAGUGUUUACUGACACAUACUUUAUCUGUGAUAAUUUUGUGUAUCUAUACAGUUGUAUGUCAUAUCCCUGAGCUGGAUUGAUAAACAGAUAUAUGUGUGUAUCUCGUACUGUUGUGGACAUUUGUAAGGUCACAGCGAUAUUUUAAUUUCAUAUUGAAUCUUAAUGUAAUUUCAUGUUUUAUCAUGAUAGUCAUCCAAUCCUUUUCUAUUGUUUUUAUUCAUAUUCUUAUAUUGUGUUCCUUUGUAACUAACGAAAAUAUAUUUACACCAUUUUCUUGCCUAUAUAAUUACAGGGAAACGUGUUUAUUUAGAAAAUCACCAUUAUCAGCGCAAGUAUGCUAUGUACAAGCAAAGUGUUGUCAUAAUUAUGUUGUUUAAUUGUUUAACAAACACUUGGUUUGUCCGCACAAGAUAAACAAGGUGUGUUCUUGGAAAGGGCCAUAUUAUAGGCUUAGCCUGUCGUCUAAUCCAUUUAUUUAUAUUUGUAAUUGUGCAUACAGAUUGUACAUGUAUUACUUGAAAAUGAAAUAUUUUGAAAUGAAACAAGGUAUUAGUAGCUUCCAAAACAACUCGGAAGUUAGAUACAAUAUCUAUCACAUACGAAAUGUCAGUGAACCUAAAGGUUCAAUAUGUUGGUCAUAGAGGGCAACCAAAUUAAACUCGGAACAGGUCGAAAAUAAUGUUAAAAUCUGGAUGGGUGCAAAUGACUCAUACUUCCUUAUUUUUCAAGCAAUAUAUGGUACACAUCCUUACUUGCAUCAGAUGAAAUGUUUGACGCUAGUACAUGUAUUGGCACACAUACAUUGUACGUGUUUUAUGUGUACAAUAGUUUCAGUAUUGAUUCCUAAUGGGUGUUCUUUUUAGUAAGUAUGGAUUAUCUAGACAAGUCAUCUUAAAUUGGGUAAAAACUGUUUGACUUAUAUACGUUUAAGAGCAACGUAUACACCCAGAGACAGAUAUUCCAUACGCCUACAAGCCAGUCAUACUUGUACUAUGGCUGGCUGGUGUUUCCUUCUUGUUAUCACGUAACUUCCAUUAAAAGACAAUAACAUUGCUAUUUAAGAUAAAGUUGAUUUUGAGAAUAACUACUAAUCAACAACAUUGAACGCCCCGGAAAAGCAUGAUAUAUCUUGGUAUCAUUUUGGAUAACUGCUGUGAAACAGCUAAUUUGAUAGAGAUACUAUGUUAGUAGAAUAUUUUCAUUGUCAUAUUUUCCUCUCACCAAACUUGCAGGUUAAAUAAAUCAUUGUUUACAUUGGAAUUACGUGAAUUUUCAGGCUGUAAACUAAUGUGAUAGUGCUCAUGAUAAACCCUAUCGAUUUAUUUAAAGGUAUAGGGUUGAAGCGCUCAAUUUGUAUUUUAAAGUUAUUUUCGUCAUUGAUACAAAACAAAUCGUUAUUUUCUUAACAACUAUACAUAUACUGUUUACACAUAUAUAUUAUAUUUAUGCUAAUAAACGAUUGGAAUAA